AUUGUCUGCUGUUUACCAGUUAUUAGUCAGUGACUGCUGGAUAGCUUGUUACUCAGUCAUUGUAGAAUCUGGCAAUCUGAUAGUUGAGAAAGUGGCAAUACUGUAUUAUUCAUACUCGGGACUCUGCAUAUUAGUUUCAUGUUUGAUUUUAUGUUGAGUUGUAAUUAUGGCUGAGCCAGUGGAGGAUGAUGUAAGCAUUCUUGGAACUCAAGAAACAACAGAAUAUAUUUCACCCAGCUCUGAUAGCCAAGUCCCUAGCACCGAGUAUCACACAACUGCUUCAGACUAUCGAGUGCCUGAGUACCGCCCGGCUGGGGCACUCAGAGCACCAGUUGUUCCUCCUCAGCCAAGGCAAGAGAGAAAGCACUCAGUAGGUGGAUCAGACCGAGGCACCCCAUAUUCAUCCAGCAGUCCUGUAGCCAGCCCACGGACUCCAGAGAGAGGUUCUAACUAUAACAUAGACGCUUCAGGCUCCACUUACGCUCUACAGGUUGCUCUUAGAAACAUGAAGGAGCGAUACCACAAACUACAGAAGAAAAUGGCACUCAUAGAAGAUGAUAACCAGAGACUUAUUAGUGGAAAGUCUGAGCUUUUUGGAGAAAUUGGAAAACUGCAGGAAAACAGUAUUAAACUUAGAGAGAAAAACUUGCAGCUGAACCAGGAGAUACAUACAAAGCAUCAAGAAUGUUGUUCUCUCAAGGAGAAGUUUUCUUCACUAUCAACAGAGAAUAUGAAUCUCACAAGGCAGUUAGCCAAAACUGCACAAGAAAACAGAAGACUCACGAAGCAGGUCAAUCACCUAAACGAUGAGAACAAAAGAUUGAGAGAAAAGCUGAGCCUUAUAACCACACAAGUCAAAGGUCUGCCGGCAGGAGUGGGUUUGACAGUGUCAGCAGCACAGGUUUUGACGCCUCCAAGGACCAAGAUUGUUCCUCUCUCGGAGGAGCUUGAUAGCUUUGAUGACCCUCCAUCUAGAUUUAUAGCAUCAUACAAAGAUGCUCUAGAUGAAUAUGAGCAGAUAAGCAGUAAUGAGCUGGGUGAUCUGGACUCACCAUGGGGUGUCUCGGAGGAUGAAGACGAACAACUGGUGAUGUCACUACAGUCUGCCACACGACGCAUGAAAGAUUUGCUCUCUAAUCUACAAGAACAAAAUCACAGUCUGGUGCUGCUCUCUCCUAUCUUGAAUUCUCUUCCUUCUUUGUGUGGUUCUCAAACAGCUUCUCAGUUUGAUACCAACUCCGAGUAUAGUCAUCAAAUCAUGCCAAAAGAUGGAACUCUUAAUCAGCGAGACCGUGACUUGUCUACCCUGACAAUCACUCCUUCCACUCAAAGCCAGUUUGAGGAGGGAACAAAAGAUGAAACAGCAGAUGAUGAUGGAAUGUGCCAAAGCCGACUAGCAACAUGUGGAUCAGUUCUUAAUACCAAUUUUACAUCUGCCGGAAUGAAUACUCCGCUGAUGGAUGACAGCAACGGUGAUAAUAAUGUUCACAUGGAUGCAAAUAAUACUGUAGAGGAUCGACCAAACAGUCCGUUUGAUUGGAGACAAGUUCAGGUGAGUGAUGAUGAAGGGCGUGAGAACGAUGUGACAAGACCUUACACACGGACAGUGAGUACGUCACCGGACCCAGCUCUCGAAGAUGAAGAAGACCGCAUAUGUCCUAUGUGUAAUGCUGUAUUUCCUCAUAUUAUUCCUCAGGAAUCAUUUGAAUCUCAUGUUGUCAGUCAUUUUGAAGUUGAGAAUGGCUUUGAAGUUAUUGCUUAAGCAUUUUAUUAUGAUGAUGAGGUUACAGUAAUUUCAUGUUUUGUGAUAGUGAUAAUGAACUUUUUUGGUUUUAACUACAGAGUAUGUUAUUAGUGAAAAGUACCUCUUGUAUUAUUAGAGAACUGUGAUUCUUGAAAUACUCUUGAAUUAAAUACUUAAUAGUGAUGAUAUUUAAAUCCCGUAUAAUAAUAAUUCUGCAUUUAUGUACAAUACAAAUACAUUUAAGUAAAUACAGUAUUAUUUAUGGAGGAGUCUUGUAAAUUUCAAGUGACUCUGAGCAAAGCAAGAAGAGAAAUUUGAAAACAAAUAUGUUGAAUAUGAUAUUAGAAACUUACAUGGCUUUGUUUUUUAUAUGUAAAAUGAAAGGCAUCUUAAUUUUUAUCAAUGCUGGAAUCAGACGCUGACUGUAUGCAUUUUAACCACAGUAUUUGGGAAAGAAAUACUCUUUAAACCUUUUGUGAUAAUAUUUUGUAUGAUUUAUAGUAAGUAUAGAAUUAUUUAAAGUAUAAAAUAGUUUUAACAUAUCAUCAUUCUGACAUCAAUGCAAGAACAAGGUGUUGUAUGUAGUGAAAGGUUCUUUGCUGAUCUAGUGCCUCAGUUUCUUCCCAAGCCAGAUCCUUAUGACUCGCCAUGUAUACCUGGUUGAUACCUGGUUGAUGGGGUUCUGGGAGUUCUUCUACUCCCCAAGCCCGGCCCAAAGCCAGGCUUGACUUGUGAGAGUUUGGUCCACUAGGCUGUUGCUUGGAGCGGCCCACAGAUCCACAUACCCACCACAGCCUGGUUGGUCCGGCACUCCUUGGAGGAAUAAAUCUAGUUUCCUCUUGAAGAUGUCCACGGUUGUUCCGGCAAUGUAUGCAAUAUAAAUGCCAUAAUCUAGUUGACCUGUCGCCCCCACUGUGGCAACGUUCAUUGUACAUGGUCUUGUCAAGUAGCUAGGAUGGGGAGACAAGUGAAGAGCCCAUCUUAUUCUAUCAUUGAAUGACUGCUCACUAUCAUACAAAAGAACAGAAUUAUACACUUAACAACUCUUGGAAACAAUUAUUGGAGUUACAAGGAAAAACAUUUAUGGUGCUGUUAAAUUCUAUCUUGUAACUAACUGCUACACCAGUUGUCACUAAAUGGCAACAUGGACAUAACAAUCAAGGAAGCUGACAGGCAUCACUUGAAGCCAUGCAAGCAUGCUUGGGAAAGCAGUAACCACUAAGAGAAGGAAUGGGAGUAACAGAAGGGAUUUGCUAAGGGAAGAGUAUUUGAUCAUAUUUCUGAGCUAUGUAACCAUUUGGUUGCUCACCCAGUCUACCUUACAAUAUCAGACCAUUACUUUAAAAUUAAAAACAGUUAACAGAAAGCUUUCCCGAGCUGAAGAACAAAGCCAGUGCACAUAGCUCCCUAACAGUUAACACGACUCGUUGACCCUCGGUUCAUGUUCAGUGAGAGAGACUGAACAGACUUGAGCAAUGAUCUUUGUGGAGCUUCAGAGAAAAAUCUAUAACAAUUUAUUGAUUUAUGUAUAUUGUAACUUAAGUUUUUUUUUUUACUGAAUAUUUGUACAUUUUGUAAUAAUAUAUAUAUAUAUAAAUAAUAAAAUACAAAUCUGGUAGUGAUUGACAUUUCACUAAUUAAUCAAUAUUUAAUGUAAUAAAUUUAGCUGCAUAAAUUCUAGUUAAUUUCUGUAAUACUUCAGGGUUAGAGUUAGCAGCAUUUGCUAACCUGCCGGGUGCAUUCACCUAGUUGUACUCGCCUAGUUGUGCUUGGGGGGGUUGAGCUUUAGCUCUUUGGUCCCGCCACUCAACUGUCAAUCAACAGGUGUACAGGUUCCUGAGCCUAUUGGGCUCUAUCAUGGGUGUGUGUUGAGGCCUUAGUACAUUUUUGCAAGUGCAGCAUGUACCUACAUUGACAUACAUGCCCAUUCACAUGCAAAUGUAUACUAUACAUAUAUGUAUGUUGAGUAUGUAUGCAGUGCUAUAUGUGCUGUAUCAUCUUGCCGUACUGUGAUUUGCAAAUAUUCCGUCCACAGGUGUGGAAAAUCAAGAGGUUUUUAACAUUUAAACCAAGCCUGUCAUUAUGCCUUGUUAAAGGAAUAUGACCAAUUAUAUAUACCUAUGUAUAUAUAUUUUUGUUAUCCAGUGCAAUUGGAAAGAUAAUACAUACACUCCCAUAAAAAAUGUACAUGUAUUUCUUCACCUGAUUCCUCUGAUCACCUAGCAGUAAAUAGAUCCCCAGGAAUUUGGCAACUGCAGUGGAUUGCAGCCUAGGGGGGGACCUUACACCUUAUGUCACUGUUCACCUAGCAGUAAAUAGUUACCACAGGAGUUUGGCAAUAGUUGUGAGUUGCAGCCUUGGGAUGGUCCUUAGUUGACCUAGGGAGACUACGAUAAAUCUAGCAGUCUUCAUAUUUCAGACUAGGAAAUCAUCCUGGAUUCAUCCAUUCCAGUUGCAGUAAUUUUCUAGUUCCGCUCAAAGGUGUGUAAAUAACUUUAAACUCUGAGCUUUUAGUAUUGUAUAUCUAGUGCUCAUUCCAAAGAAUAUUCACUACUUAGUUUGUAACAGAUGAUGUUUAUCAAAUUUAUUAUUAUGUUUUAAAUGUAGUAUUAUCUUUUAUUUAAAUGUGUUGGAUAAAAGACCUUCACUUUAAACUGAUUUUUAAUAAUAAAUUAUCUGCAACAAUUUCCGGUGAAAUAUAAAUAAUGAAUUGUACAUUGUUUAACCUAAAUGCCAGAUAUGUUGAUGAUCAAUUUCUGUUUCUAUUCCAUAUCUUAUUGUCAUUCUUUUUGUAUUGAAACUAAUCUAUUAAUGUAAUAAUUAUGCACUGCAAGAUAUUUCCUGCAAACUUUUCAAAGAUUUGGGGCAUGUAAAUUCAGACAUGCUGAAUUUGUUAAUUAAACCCACGUUCAGAGUGUUAUCAUAGAAGUUCACUCAUACGCAAGUUAGAGUGCGAGAUUCUCACAACCAAGGUGAUACUUUGUCGCACGAUGCCCAGAUAUCACACACACUGUAUUGUAUACACUUUUUAGAUUUCUUUCUUGCAUUAUGGCAACUCCCAUGUGUUCUGCACUUAACAUCUUAUUAUAUAUGUAGGUGUAAAGUGGCAGAUUUGUUCCCAUUUUUUUUGUUCUUGUUUGCUCCCCUUGGUGCAAGAUUAGUCAGGAACUCAUACAGUAUAUGCAAUGUAUGUAUAUAAAUUCCUUAACAGUGUAUGCAUAGUAUGUACAGUAUAUGCAAGAUACAUAUGUAUGGUACAAGUAUGUAACAGAAUAAGAUUUUUUUUUUGUACAGGACUGCUCUCUGUUUCACAGCAUGUGAUGCAUAGUAUACAUAUAUUUUCACACAUGUAUGCCAUUAUAUG